AGUCCGCGCCGGGGGCUUCUGGGAAACGGCUUGUGAGCGGCGUUUCUGCGUCUGCCGUGGACACAGCGAAGCAGCUGCGGUUCCCGAGUUGGAGUAUUUGUAAAUCAGGAUGUCUGCACAGUCCGUGGAAGAAGAUUCCAUACUUAUCAUCCCAAAUCCAGAUGAAGAGGAAAAGAUUCUGAGGGUGAAGUUGGAGGAGGAUCCUGAUGGUGAAGAGGGAUCAAGUAUCCCGUGGAAUCAUCUCCCUGACCCAGAGGUUUUCCGGCAGCGAUUCAGGCAGUUUGGAUACCAGGAUUCACCUGGGCCCCGUGAAGCUGUGAGCCAGCUCCGAGAACUUUGCCGUCUGUGGCUUAGGCCAGAGACACACACAAAAGAACAAAUCUUGGAACUUGUAGUGCUGGAGCAGUUUGUUGCCAUCCUACCCAAGGAGCUACAGACUUGGGUUCGAGACCAUCAUCCAGAGAACGGAGAGGAGGCAGUGACGGUGCUGGAGGAUUUAGAGAGUGAACUUGAUGACCCUGGACAGCCGGUUUCUCUCCGUCGACGAAAACGGGAAGUGCUAGUAGAAGAGAUCGUGUCUCAGGAAGAAGCUCAGGGGUUACCAAGCUCUGAGCUUGAUGCUGUGGAGAACCAGCUCAAGUGGGCGUCCUGGGAGCUCCAUUCCCUAAGGCACUGUGAUGAUGAUGCUAGGACUGAAAAUGGAGCACUAGCUCCAAAGCAGGAAAUUCCAUCGGCAGUGGAAUCUCAUGAAGUUCCUGGUACUCUCAAUAUAGGUGUUCCUCAAAUGUUUAAAUAUGGAGAAGCCUGUUUUCCCAAGGGCAGAUUUGAAAGAAAGAGAAAUCCCUCUCGAAAGAAACAGCAUAUUUGUGAUGAAUGUGGAAAACACUUCAGUCAGGGCUCAGCCCUUAUUCUUCAUCAAAGAAUCCACAGUGGGGAGAAACCUUAUGGAUGUGUUGAGUGUGGGAAAGCAUUCAGCCGAAGUUCCAUCCUUGUGCAACACCAGAGAGUUCAUACUGGAGAAAAACCUUACAAAUGUCUUGAAUGCGGUAAAGCCUUUAGCCAGAAUUCAGGGCUUAUUAAUCAUCAGAGAAUCCAUACUGGGGAGAAACCUUAUGAAUGCGUUCAGUGUGGGAAAUCCUAUAGUCAAAGCUCAAAUCUCUUUAGACAUCAGAGAAGACACAAUGCAGAAAAACUUCUGAAUGUUGUGAAAGUUUAAGGAAUUGGAAAAAAAAAAAAAAGAAUCAGCACUCAGGUCUUUUUCUUCAGAAAUGAAGACAAAAUUAAAAAUAUGAAAUGAUACAGAAUAGUUUUUUCCCUAUUGACUGUAAAAAAAUCCACUGGGAAAUGUAAAAAGUCUUCACUCGCCAUUAUUAUUUUCUCUUGAAAGAAAUGGUGUCGUACCUGCCUAGAAACUGAAAUUUUAAAGUUAAUUCAGGUGUUAAUAACUAAAUUUUCCAUGUGAUGUUUAUAUAUAUUCUCUAUUACUUUUCCAAGUAAUGAAUUACGUGGUUCUUUGUCCCUUUCUUAAAAGUUUUCUUUUUUAGACAAAUACAUUAUUUCUGUGUUGAUCAUUGAAAUGUUCUUUAUAAGGAUACAUUCCCUUCUACGUUAAAAAGCAACAGGAAUUAGAAUGUCUGAAAACCGUCUUCAAGCAUUUUAAAAACAUCUUUUAAAAUGUACCCUGGUUUACUUUUCCCUCAUUUGAAUAUGCAUUUGAGAAAAUAGAAGAUAAAGGAUGGCUACAAGCCUCAAAGUAAAAUGAGCCCUAAGAUCUCAGAUAGGAAGUGAUGGUGGUAAAAUAUCAAAAAGUGAAUGGAACAUCCAGAUUGGGGGAGAUUUAUAAAUACCUGGAUCAAAGAAUUGAAGUAUAUCAAUUUAUCUAAAUGCAGUCAUCUGCUUGCAGGGAAACUAAAAACCACUCAUCCUAUCUAUAAUUUUGAGUCAUCUUACUAAUGAAAAUGUGCUCCCAUCUGUCAUUAAAAGGUAGACAGUCUAAAACACAAUUAUAAAACUAUGAAAGUAGAAGUUAUAACACUAGGGAAGAAUUUGUAGUGAAAGGCACGUUAAAGGGCAAAUGUAAACAUAAGAUAAUGGUCUGUCAGCUUUUAAGAAAAGAGACUUGGAAGAUCUAAUGUGUCAUUAUUUUGCCUUCAUCUUUUUUAAGGACAGGAAAUUCUGUGACAGGUGGGCAGUAAAUAUCAUGUUAGCUAUUUUUUAUUCCUUUGGUACAAAAGGGUUGAACACCAGGCUAAAAAAGCAGCCAUGCAUUUAUUAUUAAACAUUUUCUACCGACAAGGCACUGUGCUAGGUACUGUAAGCCUACCGUAGGUAGGUUGGUCUUUCUUCCACUGUAAGUCAUUAGGGUUUGGUACAGAGCUGUUUCAGGUGAGUUGCCUCUUCCCCUCGCCUGAGCAUUCCUGGGGGAGUUCGUUCACCUCUGAGAUUUCCAGAGCCAUAGUUCUCUUAGCAGGGUGUUGUAUUUGUUGGGGGAAGAGGACUCUACUCAGAGAGCUAGCUGGCUCUCCAGCAUUCUUCAGAGGUGAGUCCAAGAUACUCUUCCCACAAUUUGGAGGUUCUUGAAAGUUUUUAAAAAAUAAAUCAAUCUCUAGUAGCAUUGAGGUUGUAUCUACAUGUUAAGUUGAAUGGACUGUUCUAUUUAAAAAAUAAACAACUAGACUAUUAACAGCUAGUUUAUUAACUAUCAGAAUUGAUUGAAUUUUUUUAAUUUUCAGUCUUAACACAUUUUUAAAAAUGUAUUAAAGUAAUACAUUGUAGUAGUAGGAUUAUAUACUCCUUGGCUAAGAAUCCCAAGUACUGUGGUUCUACUGUUUAGUGGAAAACUCUGGAAGUUAGAAUACAGAAUAUGAGAAAAGGCUUUUUUAUAAUGGGCAUCACUGUGUGGAAAAUGACCCAUGUGAAUACAAAUAUUUCAGUUAAGAGAUUUUGGUUAUAUCUGGUGCUCGGAUCAAAACAAAAAAUGGAAAGUGAGAUUUGCAUGAGCCUAUUAAAAAGCAUACUAAUAAAUGCAAGGCCAUCUGGUGGAGAAGUGAGGCAGAUUAGAGCUUGUUUAUAGGUUUUCUGAUAACAAUAAGAAAUGUGCUUUAUAGAUUAAGAUUUAUUGAAGUAUAAAUAUGUAGUAAUGAUAUAAUGUAUUUUAAGUUAUACAAGAAAAUGUAGGGACUUUUGUUGGGGUCUUUUUGUGGAUGAGAGGAAACAAGUCAAUGUCCAAUAAAGCUAUAAACUCCUCUGCUCUAAGGUGAAAUGAUCUUGAGUUAAUUGAUUUAUUUAUUUAUAACUGGCUUCUUUACAAGUAGCUUUUGAGGUGACAUAUUUGGAAGACUGCUGGGAUGACAGAAUUCUUGUAUCAGAGUAGGUAAGAGGGAGCAACCUCUAAGUGGCUGAAAUGUCAUGCCUCUUAAGGUCUUAAAUCUUUCCUGUAUACAAAGAAGCUUCCCUGUGGUAGGUUUGCCUUAAAUGCCAAAGAUAAUUGGUAAUGUGAGAGCGUAGAAAAAGUAGUAGUAGCAUUGGCAAAUAAGUUUUUUUGUCUUGCAAGCUCUAACACCUGUGCUUUGUUUGGAAAGGAUUCUGAGGCUAAGGCAAGGCUCUGUGGGGAAAAAGGACUGGACCAAAACACCUGGCUGAUAUGCAGGAUGAGGAAGUGGUGGGAUGUGUACUUGUCGUCUUUGGUUAGGCUUAGUCCCCAGUAGACAUAUUAAUUUUAAAUAACUAGUGCUUUUUAAUUUCAUCCAUACAUUCACUAAUACCUAACCAGAUAAUUAGCAAUUUUUGGGGGGGGUGCCCAGCCUCUGAAGAAAUGGUAAUGUGGCAUUACCAAGCAGUGGCAGAGCAAGGACCUCUGGUUAGCAAAUGAGCUGUCAUUUUAAGGCAUGCAGGUUACUGCUACCCGACCACUAGCCACUGAGCAUUUGCUGUUGUUUUUUUCUUCUUGUUUUCUUGGAGGUUAAAGCUCUCUACCUUUGCACCCAAUUGAUGCUUGAUCUUCAGCAAUGUCUCACGUUUGUGUAAACUGGAGGAAGGUUUACAUGUAUAAGCUGCGUGCCAGGCAUUGGAUGAAAUACUAUUCCUAUCCCAGUUACAUUGGGAAAGCAAGAUUCAGAGAUCAUGUGACUCAUGUGGCCAAAUAGAGCUAAAAUUCAAAUCUGGUUCUGUGGCCUCCAGGGAGAUAGUCAUUAUGCCAUGAAUGAUGGCUAUUAAACAUUGAUACACUUCAUGCUUUUAUUGAUAACAAACAUGUAAGCUAUUGGUUUUUACAGAAAUGUAAAAUGAAAAAGGACAUUUCCUUUUGGCAUAUACAUAUUUUAUUAAAAAAUGCUUUAGUAGCUGACACCUGUGGUUACUGUGGACAGGCACUGUUUGAGGUGCUAUAUUGUGGAUUAGUCCUCAGAAACCAUAUAAAGCAGGACAUCACCCCAUUUCACAGGUACUACACUGAGACCUCCCCUGUCCCCCAAAUUGAUGGAAACAUUCUUUUUCAUAACAACAUACUAUUCCAUUGCAUGAAUAUACUACAGCUUAUUUAACCCUGUGUUGAUUGUUAAUUAGGUUCAUUACAGAUAAAAGUAUACAUUCCUGUACAUAUAUUUUGCUACCUGUGUGGUUAUUUCUGUAGGAUACAUAGCUAGAAAUUUCUUUAUUGGGUCAGAGAAUACUUAUUUGACAUUUUGAGAAGUACUACCAAAAAAAUUGUACCAAUUUACAACUCCAUCAAUCGAGUGUCUGUUUGCCUACACUCCUGCCAACCUGAAUCCUUAAAAAUUUUUGCCACUCUGAUAAGGCAGAAUUUGUUUUUUCUUUGAAUAUGAAUAGGAAUAUCUUUUCAUGUGUAUUGACCAUUUGCAUUUCCUGUUGCAAAUGGCUUUUGCCCAUUUUUCAUUUUUAAUUAUGAAGGUAUAAAUGCCUACCCUCUCUCGGUAUAAACUUAAACGAUUCACAAUGCUAAGAGUAAAGACAGACCCUUUUCUCCUAUGCUUUUGAUCAUAUUCCACUUCCCACAGUUUAACAUACAUUCUUCUAGUCCCCUUCCCAUACAUUUCCAUAUGAGUAUACAUGCACAUAAAAGCACCAUUUUUACAUAAAUAGGAGCUCAUAUGUAUUGUUUUGUAGCUUGCUUUUUAAAAAUUUUGGUCCUGAAAACAGUUAAUUGAGGUCUUUAAAUUUAUUUAAUGGUUGAAUAGGAUUAAAAAAUUAUACACACCAUUAUUUAACUAUUCCCUCAUUUUUUUUCUCCUGCUAUUGCAUUGCCAAAGUAAACAUCUUAUUCAGAUGUCUUUGUGCAUAUGUGUGAAUAUUUCUGCAGGCUGAAGUCCAGUAAGAUGGGAUUGUUGGGUCAUAGGAAUUGCUCUCUGAUAGACUCACCUUCACCCUUCCCAAAGGCCUUCAUAGCUAUGUUUUCACCAACUGUAUGGCAAGUGUUCAUUUCCCCAUAUAGACUUACCUCUCUGUGAUAAUUUUUAUCUGUUAGGCUAAGAAGAAUCCUUUCUUAUUUUGCAUUUCCCUGAUUAUCAAAAAUGAUGAGGUUGGUUCUUUUCAUAUGUUUAUUGGCCAUUUAUAGUUUUACCGUGGAUUGACUGUAUUCUUUACCUGCUUUUCUAUUGGGUUAUGUGCGGAUAUCUUGCUCUGUUUGUUCAGCAUCUCUGUUGCCAUCUUCUAACAGAACCCUUAUUUAUUUGUGGGGAACCUAUUGCUUGUGGCUUAGGUGAGCACAUGACCAGGCCUGGCCUCCUGAGUCCCUCAAUUCCCUAGCCACAGCGAUUAAAGAAUGGGCAUAUAAUUUAAGCCAGGCUAAGGAGAGCCUUCAACAGAAUUGCUGCUGGAACUACUGGAAAGAAGGCUUUAUGGAGAUAACCAGGAACUAAGGACCAUGUAGGCCUGAAUUUGUACCACGUGGAAAUAAUCUGAGGAGAACUCGGAGGCUAGCAGAAAUGGAAGAAGAACUCAGUUCUGAUGUCAUUUUUCGGGAGGCCCUAGAUCCAACUGUGCCUAACGCCUGCCCUACCUCCGGACUUUAAAGUUUUGUGAGCCAAUAAAGUCCCUUUCUUGUUUAAGAUCAUUGAAUUGGCUUUCUGUCCUAAUUCAUAUAGGUAUUUGUAUUUUCUUAAUGAUUUGUAGAAAACCUUUGUAAUUUUAAAUUCUAGACUUAUACUUUAUGCACUAUAUAAGUUAAUAAAAUUAGCAUGGCCUUCCAUGA